AUGUCUGCAAUUAUAUCAGCGGUAUUGAAAGGCACAAUUGGCUUGAUCGUGAAAAAAGGAAGAGAUGUAGCGGCGGAGAAGUUGAAAGACGGCGACGUAACUGAUCAGAAACUUCGUGGCCUGAUUGUAAGUGAAUUGAACGAUAUCAAGGGCAAGUUGGAUGCAUUAUCACAAAAAGAUCUUAAGGCAGCUGUAGACUUUUUUGGAACAGGACUCAAGAAUUUAAAUGGUGCAGUCGUUGCAAUGCGCGGUGCUAAUGUUAGUGUGGAAGCUGGGGAAGUAUCUGAAAGAAAUGAAGAAGAGGACUUUGAAGAACUGGCUUUGCCCUCAGACACUGACCCUGGGAAGACAAUUGCCGUCGCCGCUGGAAUAAGAAACAUGCAACUAACUGAGUUGGAUGAAACAACGAAAAGUCUGCUUUCUGACGCACAAGAGAAUUUCAGAUUAGCUGUUGAAAACGCGACACACGCUUGCAACAAUGAAGCCCUCAGCACCUUUGACCGAAUCACAGCCAUUCGAUAUCGUGUUAUGGCGGCAAUGUUAAAGUCAGCAGCUGAGACAGUGAGAACCGCGGGCGACUUGAAAAGCACUUUGCAGAAAGCCUUACCAUAUUGCGAACAGUGUUUGGAGAUACUCAAUUCGUUACCUGCUGUACGGAACAGCUUUAAAGUGGAGCUCAGUAAAGGUCUCCUAAACAUAAGAGGUCAAUUUGGUAAAGAUGAACGGAUGCAGAUAAUUUCCAUCGUGUGUCAGGUAAAUCGCACCAUCUACGAUGCCAUGCGAACGGUUGGUAAAGAUGUACAUGUCUUGGUGUGGCCAUAUGUUGACAUCGGAGAAGAUCAAGUUGACCCUCUGCGCGAUGUAAGAGUGUUACAAAUGUUGGAGAAAUCAGAGAAAGUUGACAUGGAGCACUACCGCAUUGCACCGGAGUUGUCAUUUGAUGUGACGAUGGCAGGCAUUGUCUUUGCUACUAACACCGUGGGACAGUUUCUGUUUGCAGAGAAGGGCGGGAGAACCGUGCAUGUUUUCGAUAAAAAUGGUACGUUUGAGUUUAGUUUUAAUCCCCAAACUGAUGAUGCUAAAAUAGAGAUUCUAAUUGCUGAUCUCGUCACUGAAGACGUUAGCGAGAAGAUCUAUUUACUGAUCGAACUGUACAAUAAAGGAGGAUGGGAGAGAGAAGUGCAGGUUUUAAACAAAACCGCUGACCUUCAGUACAAGUUUCCUGUGAAAGGCGGGAGAAUACGCUCAUCACACAGACUGAUAGUUAGCGGCAGCAAACUAGUAAUAUUGGCAAAAUGUGAGGCUCACGUGUACAAUCAGAAUGGUGAGUUUGAGCGUAGUUUUGAGUUUUUCAAGAGUAAAGGCGACAAGUAUUUAGCUGAUUGCACUGCUACUUGCGAUGGUCGCAUCAUGAUAAUGCACCCUAAAAGAAACUUCAGCGAUUACCACAGUGUUCAUGUAUUCACAAUGGAGGGAAAGGAGGUUGCAAAGUUCAAAUUUGGCGUCGGAGUCAAUUUAGACGAAAUGUUGUUUUCACCUCGCUCUGCAGGUGAACAUGUUGUCAUCGCUGGUUACAAUGAUAAGGAUGGGAUCAUAAUAGUGGAGUUUUACACUGUGGAUGGAAAACUAGUGCGAAGAAUUCUGCUGCGUAAUAAAGGUAGACGUUUUUUUGAUGGAAUUACGGUAACCAUGAAAGGACACAUCGCUGUGUUUGUUGAUGGAAAGGCCGUUGUAUACUAAAAACUAAAAGACGCGGCUUUUUGCCUUGACAAAUACUUUGAGGAAUUUUAUACAAAACAACUGAGUUACAGCACAAAUCAUAACUAUAACAAAAUUCUCAAAUCUGAUUGGCUAUCAACUGCCCUGAUUUUAGCGUUAAUAGGACAGUUUAAUAGGACAGUACGCAUCAUCCUAAAUAAUUGGACAGUACGCGCCAUCACGUGCGCGUUUAACUGGAUUCUUUUUACUGGUAGCAAAAAAAAAUCUUGGAAUUUCUUGUGUUUUGAUUAUAAAAAGAGCCUUAUAAAUCACAAAUUUUGUUAAAGUUAUGAUUAAGUUGUAACAGAACUUCGUGUCGACCAGGUCGGUCUAUAAUCAUACUCUUGACUAUAAAAAUCGGUCUCCCGCUACGCGGUCAUCUGAUUUGGUUAAUCACGAGUAUGAUUACAGACCGAAUUGGACUCCACUCAGUCCUGUUACCAUUACUAACAAGCUUUUUCUUUUCAAAAAUAUCAUAUCUCUAUAUAUUUUAUGAAAUCUAUUAGGCACAGGUUAACACUGUUAAUUGAUACUUUUAGAACUGUCAAAAAAAAAACUUUAAUGUUUAAGUUUUUCAUGCCGGGGAAAGGUAUAAAGCCAAAGACGCUGUAAUCUCUAGAAUCCUUUAAAAUUUCAAAGGAUGUAAUAAUAUUUUAUUCAUCAGUUGGGAUUUUUGCUUAAAAAGAAUGGAGUAUGGCCCGGCCACCAAAAUCCGUUGGACUAAUCAAGCAUUUACAACAGAUUCCUUUUUUCUUUGACGGCUAGCCUUCGUUGGCUCAUCUUAUUUCGCGAACAUGAUCAGUACACUUCCUUUAACUUGAGGUUAACUUUCUGGUUAUACGAAAAAUUUCGCGUGUCUCAGAUCAGAUGCUAACAAAGUUGCAAACACAAAAAAUUGGUGAUUACCAGUACAAAAUUUUCCAAUUGUUUCCAAACACCAGACUCUAUUUUUCGUCAUACUGCGAACAGGGCGCAAUACUCGCAGUUAGAUGAAAAAGUUUAAACCCUUAGGAUGUGCACUAAUUGAGACGAUCACAUUCGCUUUUAUAUCCUGAUGAAGCCGGAUGUGAACUUAUACCUGUUUAAAAAUGUAUACAGCUGUAGCUAAAUGGUGGUUUUAAUUUGUAUAAUGAAUCACUUCCAGUAAGUUUGACUUUGUGUCUUGGGAAAACGAGAAAAAUCGUGGAUGAGACCUCGUGACUACCUAUACCCCGAGGCUUAGCAUUCUCGCCAAGCCAAAUUGGUUUACUGAAUGGGUCAAACAUUUGAGCUCGGAGGAAUAAUUUCCAUGCUCUGCUAUAUUUAAGACCAUGAUCUUUAGAUACUCAGAUAAGUUUUCCUGGGGAAAGAUAUCUCAUAAAGUUACCUUCAACAGACUCCUGCUUGAUAGGACUGAUUUUGAACUGCAACCCCUUAAUUUAUUAUUCAUCCAAAAUAUAUGCGCCCUUUUCUGAUUGGCUUAAAGGCCAACUGGUGCUUACCGUAUUUGGAAGAUGCGAGCAACAUAUCAUCGAUUCGAUGGUAUACAUUUCAUUGGAAACGAGGGAAAUAGACGAUCGAUCAACCUCGUUUUCCAUGCGCGGCCGACUAGCUGUUAUUGACGAGUGAACUAAAAAAUGGCGUUCACGGCUAUCCGAAGAUGAAGUAGCUGAAUUUCUAACUAAAACUGCACGGAAUAAAUGCAAAAAUAUACAAAAUAUAUCGCUCGUGGAUAACAUCCUCCUUGAUCUGCAUAAUUCUUUACAUCCUACUCAGCCUCAUUCAAUAAUUGCUAAAUAUGUAAUAAUCGAACACUCUUAAAUGGCUCUGGUGUGUUGUCUCCCCUUAGCUCGCUGGCAAUUGAAUAACAUAGUAAUUUUCUGUUUCCUCCAGUUUGAUUUUCGCUGGAAUGUUGCAUUUUCCAUGUAGGACCAAAUGUGAUCAGUACAAUAAGUGUAUUCCUGUCCCACAAAACUAACGUUAGAGGUUUAUAAUACUAAACAAAGUUCAUAUACAAAGACCGGGGGCGCAGCUCUACGUUUAGGCGAUAGAAUGUGCUUAGUAUAAGCAAAAAAAAUCAGAUCGAAUUGAUUUAAUGUAACACAAGAGCUCUUCGCUCGCUUUUGAAUUAGUGAUGUAAAAUUUACUUUUUACGAAUCUUAAUGACCCAUAGAAAUGUUUUUGUUAACAGUAGAUAACAGCAAACCUGUAAAGUCAUAGGCAAAUUUAGUGAUUUUUGUAAAUAAGAAAAUAAUAAUAAUGACAAUAUAGAGUAACAGGAACUUGUAGAACUUCUUUAACACGUUCCAUUCUUAUAUAGCCCAGGUGAUUUUUUUUGUAAUUAUUUACAUUUUUUUUUUUUUUUUGCAUAAAAUUUGCCCCAAAAUCAAAAGGAUCAUGAUUUGGCAUUUGGAGUCCAGUUAAUUACUUUUAGCAUGUACAUGUAUUUUAUUUACAGGUGCUUCAUUUACUGUAUUAGCAUGAAAGAUUUAGCCCCAGUGUUUAGGGACCUCAAAUAAUUUCUUACAUUUAUUUUUUUUUACUAAAUCAAAAUUAUUUGCUACAAGGAUUUUUUCUGUCACAUGAUCACUGUUUUGCUUGGCAGUAUUGGAUGCAGAUGUAUUCCAUUAUUGCGUGGCAUGUAGGUGGGUGAAUGCACUCUUUUUUCAUAAAAAUAUGCCAAGAACAAAAUGGGAUCAUGGCAUUUUUCCUCAGUGGCACUUUUAAGGCAGUGUUUUACAGGCGUCACCACUGCGAUGGAAGAUGUAUUCCAUUACAUAUGUUGGGUGAAUUUAAAAUUGCAAAAAAGCAUUUACAGGCUACUAGAUGGAAGGUUUAAAAUUCAGUAAAGUGAUUCGGUGCAAAACUACCAAAGACAGCUCUGCAAAGAUGGAAAUUUUGCAGACAUUUGUCGGUAAGGGAAAGUUUGUGGCUCCACCCAUACCAUACAAAGGUCAUUGAGAUUAUGUGACUUUGUGUCAACACUUUAUUUCAAAUCGGACUAAUCACAAACAGCGUGAAGAACCUAGCUAAUCACAAACGCUGACAUACAAUGUCUUUGUGACCCUGUGGGAUUCAAACAAUAGGCACCUAAUUCCCGCGCAUACUCUAUACAGAAGGGAGACACGCGAGGCUCCUUCCCAUGGGUGUCAAAGGAUAUUCAUUACUACAUUGUAGGUGUCAACUUCAACUAAGUGUUAUUAUUAUUUUGUACAUUUUUAUCUAAAAUGUCUUCUUCUUUUCUGAAUGAAGUUCCUUUUUCUAUUGUAAGUGCAGGGUUAGAGCAAACUCAGGAGCAUCAUCUGGUGCCCUUCAGGUUUGAUGUUGGUCUCACUGUGUGCUCUGUUACCACUAUUUUCCAUUGGCUUUGCACCAUGCAACUUUGCGGUCCAACGGGGCCAUUAAACCAUUAACCUCAAUGCUCUGCCAGGAAAGUGCUUUUACACAGAUUUUCCCUGUUUGGGAGGUCCUCAUCUGAACCUGAAGAAUUACCUUCAUGCCACUCUGAUACAGCUGUUUCAGACAAAGACUCCUCUGAUGACAUGUAUGCAACGGACAUACACGCAAGGUACUUGUCCUUGUCUGACUAACUGACACGUUCUUUAAUUUUUUUCUGAAAGAAAAAUGAAGAGCCAUAUAGCCCCAAGUUGGUAAACAAGCAUGUACUUUCAGUGUAAAUGAUUACAAUGCCUCUUUUUUUGAGGAUAUUUGAGAGAAAAAUCCCAGCAUUUUCUUCCUACUAACUUUUUCAUUAAAUAUAUAAUAUGUUUUGGAACAGGUGUUAAAGUAGAGAGCAGAAAUGCUUCUUUCUGUUGAAUCUCCAUUUGUUUCAUUAAGACUCUUUUAAGUGUAAAUAAAAACUGAAAUAAAUUAAUUCCCCCUGUCAUUCAAGAGCAGAACUGAUAGUGUCCCACAGGUGGGAGAGCAAGCCAUGACUCAACUGUAACAUAAAGGAAACCGCAGACCCUGAGAAAUGUAACAUUAAGGCAGCCCACAUGUUGUUUAGAACAAUAAUUAAUUAUCGUAAUUCUGGUUAUUUAACAUGAUAAAGCCAAGCAUUUACUCGAAAAAUGAACUGACUUCAAGAUUCCUUUCGCGCGCGCCCGUUUUUCAUUUUGCGCCCACUACUUCCAAAAGCGCCUCACUGAACCAUAUGUAUAAACACGGGCUACAAAUAUUUGAAAUCGUUAUUUUUUUUUUUUCGCUUCAGAGUUUAUACAAUAUUUUACCAAAAAAAAAAGAGAUAAUAAUCGAACAGACACCAUCAUACGCCGCCUGGGAGCAGAAUAAUUGUAUUUAGUUUUCGAUUUUUUAAAAAACGGCCUCUCUGGUGUUGUCAGUUAUAAUCAUUUGUAUUUCAGUCCGCCAUUAUCGAACUUGAAAGGGGGUUCGUUCGAACCCUUCGAACCCCCCCUCCUACGCGCCUGGAACCAUAUAUAUAAACCAUAAGAGUUUUGGAUGGUACAAUUUAUGAAAGAAAAAUCACUUGUCAUUUAAAUGUGGAACAAUAAUACCGUGGUCACUCAGAAUGACACAGAGGCUUCACUCGCAAAAUGAAAAAAAUGCCGUCACUCGCAAAAUGAACCAAAAUUAAGAUCUCACAAUAUCACUGAACCAUAUGUAUAAACCAUAAGAGUUUUGGAUGGUACAAUUUAUGAAAGAAGAAUCAAUUGUCAUUUAAAUGUGGAACAAUAAUAUGGUGGUCACUCAGAAGGACACAUAGGCUUCAAGAUCUGGCAUACGCCGACGUGGAAGCCUGGGGAAACAACAAACAUGGCGGCUGAUCUUGCGAUGGAGUGCAUUCAGGACCACAUCCACCCGGACGAUGAAACUCUGCUCUAUUGAAAUGACUGGGUUCAAACCUUUCACAUAUUGUGCAUUUUGUUCACCAAAUUGUAAAUGGUAACGUUUUACGUCAGGGCCUCCUAUUCCGAGACUUCUUGAUAUUUUUUUUUUCCGAGCCACCGACCCAAUAUCAGGAAACGCAUUCGACGCUAAACGAAAAAAAUCCGAAAUAACCAGCUGCAGCAAAAAUAUGAUAAACUUUAAGAAGAAUGUGAUGGUGAUUGAACGGGGCAAUGGAAAAUCAAAACUUGCGUGAAAUAUAUAACAUGCAAACGUUGGUUAAAGUGGUCGUAAAAGUUCUUUGAUUUAAAUUUAUAGUAACCAUAAAUUUACACAGUAACUUUGCUAUGCCAGAAAAUAUCAAGCAAACAUUCAUUUUUGACGUUCGAUUUUUACACAGAGAACAAAAUGGCGGCAAAUUUGAAUGGUAGUAAAAAGUGAAACAAAAUAUGUAAAUUUGAUAUUUUUACAUUUAUUUUGCAGAAAAGUAAAUCUUUUCGAACAAAAUUUGCACCAAGAACAAAUAAGUAGCAACAUUAGUACCCUAAAUUUACAAUAGAUUUGCUCAACUAGCAAACUUAGGCAAAUCCGUUUUUUCGUCCAGUGUAACAGCAAACCUGUAAAGUCAUAGGCAAAUUUAGUGAUUUUUGUAAAUAAGAAAAUAAUAAUAAUGACAAUAUAGAGUAACAGGAACUUUAACACGUUCAUUCUUAUAUAGCCCCAAUUUUUUUGUAAUUACCCAUUUUUGUAUAAUUUACCCCAGUAUUUAGCCUGCGUAGCAGGCGCUUGUAAGUAGUGGGAGAAAGAGAGAACAGGCGCGCGCGAGGGAGACACGCGAGGAGUGAGUCUCCUUCUCGCGCGCCCGUUUUUUCUUGCGCCCACUACUUCCAAGCGCCUGCUACACGGGCUACCCUGUAUUCAUUAUUUAGUUCUGGUGGUUUUUUUUGUUACAAUAAAAUAAGUACUGUACCUUACCUUUAUUGUAAACAGACCAAUACCUCCGUUUGAAGAGGCAGUAAAGAUUUAGCUUCUCUGUUAAAAGCGUUGCCUACAAACCUGCAUAACAUACCUGAGAAGAUCGAGAAGGACGUGAUUUGCACAGUACAGUGGGGUCUACACACGUCCAAGUGCUGUAUUUUCUUUUUUUUUCAGCUCUGAGCUACGUUAAGAAACAAUUGAGGUGCUGAUGGCCCGGCUGCCUUUUUUUAUACGGGUCGACCUCAGCCAGCAGAUGUACCUUUGUUGUUUUCUUUCGUUAACCCUUACGAAGUUAGCCUUAAUGGUCUAAAUGUUCGCCGUCUCCUCGAGGUCGCACUACCCUAAGGCGGGAUGUUACUAAAACGAGGAACGGAAAACGGGGAACGGGGAACAAGAAAAUGAAAAAUGAGAACAAAACCUAACCCAACUUUAGGAGCUUUAGGAGGGCACAUAAAGCGAAGGGGCUUAUAUCCGAGGGGCUUUCAAUGGAAUGUUCUUUUUGUUUACAGGUAGAGGGGCCUAUAAAUUUUUGGCAGGGAGUGGGGGGAAGGUAUAAGUAGGGGCUUAUAAGAUGGAUUUUAAAGUUUAUACCUCACCUGAUAGAAGAAAUGUUAUUUCUGACGAAUGAGCCCGCGAAGAAGGCAGAAAUAAAUAUUUUGACGGCACGAGAUACAACAGGGCCUGGGUACUAGGCCGGGUGCACCAUGGGUAGCCAUAUCGGGGUAUAUAAGGCUGCGUAUAUCACGUGUUCGUCAUCUAGGCUUACGAGCCAACCUCUCCUUGGUUUUUCUUAACGUUCUUAUCGGCUCUUUCUUGCGUUAUAUCCGUCAGCAAAGACGAAGUGUCCGAUCUCAUUGAGGAGAAUAACAAACAGUUAAUGGACUCGUUUAAAGUUUUGUUAACAGAAACCGAUGGUCAAAUCAAGCGCGCUAAUGAAUAUUUGGCCGAGCAGCAGAUGAAGGAAAUUAAGAAACUAAAGUAUAACGAACCACGUAAGUUCAAGAAGAAGGCUAACGAAAACCAGUUUUAAAGGAUCCACAGUGCAGAAUUUGCGGCCGUGUAGCGUACUAGGCCCGUAAGAAGAAGAAGAAGACCACUCAAAAACAGAUCCUCGCCAGUGGGAACGCCGGCGUCCACCUCAACUUCACAUAUGCAACCCCAGCCUCAUGUCAAACGUUCCUGUUUUUCGCCUUCUCGACGACCCAGUGUCGGGACCUGUUUUGCCCGUGGAAAGCGUUCCUGUUACUCGACGAUGGACAAGCCAAACAUCCCAAACUCCCAAAUGGCUAGAUGAAGGACAACAAUCAGGUGCAGUCUAUUCUAAUUUAGUACUGAAUUUUUUAGGCGGCAAGCCGUAAUAUGGAUCAGGAUUGUCUCGAUAUUAUACCAGUUUCUUUUGACGUUCACCCCGCUAGUUUUAGGCGCGGUUUAGAGCUCUGAGUGUACCGUUGAUAUUUCUAUUCUGCCUUCAGUUUGGGAAGAUUUUUUCACAGUUAUCUAUUUCUGGCAUACUUUGCUAGUUUUUCUGUUCAUUUUGAAUGUUUUUAGUCUUAGUUACAAAUUCCUUCUUCCAGCUUUUUUAUUUUUUUACAAAUCCUACAAUGCCUCUGCACGUGUUUACAGUUCUUUUUGUCCGUAGCUGUUUAAGAGCUUCCCAGCCUCAACCUCCUUUUAAAAAUUUUUGCAUUCCAAUAUCAUUUACCCGCUUUCUGUUUGACGCGCCGCUCCGGCUAACAAAGGUUGAUCCUGGAUUUUAGGCACGUUUGCACUUUUUUUCUUCAAACAGAAAUUCAAGUGCGAAGACUUGUCCAUGGCCACUUAUAUUUUUGAUAUGGUUUUUAUUUAUUCAUAUUUUACCUCUAGUGCGGUUAUCGUAAUUUUCCCUGAUCACCAGUAUUUCCUUGCGUUCACCUGGGAUCUCGGCACCUGGAUUUUUAGGUAUUUUCUACUUUGCGCGCUUCCUUUGGGUUCUUGUCAGCCUCCUCAAACCGCUUCAGAAAUCUAGAAGAAGCCAAGGUAUCCCUAUUGCCAUUUUUUUCUUGACUAUGGUCUAGCUAUAGGAGGAGGGGCCUAUCGCGUUCAGGCCUUAAUUUACAGUUUGCGGGCUGUUCAUGCCGAUUUGCUUUAGUCUCGCUUUGUUCGAAUUCCUAUGAGGAAAAGUCCCUGUGGGAGCCCGUUCGAAUUUUCUAGUGGCUUCGCGUUCAUCUCAACAUAUCACUCUGGAUGGAAGUAUUAGAGCCACGGAUGAACGCAUUGCUAAAUUGUCUCGCGACCUGGCGGCUUUGUCUUCAUAUUAGUCGUCCACCACAGUACACGUUCUACGCGUCCCGUGUGUAGCCGCCCAUAGUAUUUCCCUCUCGAGUAGCGUGGGAUCCGUCGCGUGCAUUAUGGCCCGAUUUCUUUUCUCAGUUGUUUACUCAGCUGUUUCCUGGGAUAGCUAGGUUUUCCUGUCCGUUUAUUCUUUGUAUGAAAUUGAAUUUUGGUCGAACAAUGUUAGCCUCUCUACAGCAAAAUUUAUCGAGGGGUUCCAGUUCGCUUCCAGUGAGAGUAAGCUCCGGCUUCUCCGAUGCUUCCGAUUCAGCCUGCGGCGUUUAAGUGGAGUCUGAACCUGAGUUGAUUUUUUAUCAGAAUUGGUCGGAAAGUGUUCGUAGAUCGACUUGAAGAGAGCUCAAAGCGGUUUGUCUUGCCUUACUAGCCUUCGCGAGCCCUUCAUCUAAUUCCAAGGUUUUUUGGUAUUGUGACAACCAGAACGUCGAAUCCAUUCUUCCCGACGGCAGCAGGAAAUGCGAUCUCAAGGAUUUAGCCGUAGUUGUUUUUCAAAUUUGCUCCCAUCAUUGUAUUUCGUUCGAGGUCAAGUGGAUCCCUAGGGACCUGAACGCUAGUGCGGUCUGUGUCUGCAAGCUCGUUGACUUCGAUGGUUACGGCCUCAACGAUUUUGUUUUGCUAGGGCUUAAUCACCUCUUAGGUCCUUACACUAUUGACUGGUUCGCCUGUAGUUACAACGGCGAGUUGCCUUGGCUUAACUCUCUAUUUUUUCAGCCAGGCUGUUAGGCUGUUUAUGCCUUCGCUUAAAAUUGGGGAUAGGACAACAACUGGCGUGGCCCACCUGUUUGCCUCAUUGUCAGAGUCAUGUAUAUCAGACACAUUGGGCUCUGCCGCGCUCACGGGAGCCCUUAUUCCUCACGUAUGGAAGUCAGCUAUUUUCUGAAAUGUUUCUACUAGAGAUGGAGUGCAUUGGAAUAGUUUUGUUGUGGACUGGGUUUUAUAGCUUAAGUUCCCAGGGAUUAUUUGUUCCAGGGAAGGUCCGUAAUUCCCUUUUCAGAACCAGGCCUUUAUUUUUUGGCGUCAUAGCGCUUCGAGUUUAUUUUCGGCGCCCCACACCUCCCUCGUCCCUGGCGGGCUUCUGCUCUACGCCGCCUGACGGAAAGUGUUGCCUGUGCCUCUACACGCGUGUUAUGCGUACCUUUAGGUUUGGACCCAUUAGGUUUUUGCAUGAAGCCUUUUGACCCCCCACCCCCCCCACCGCCCACUCUCCUCUCACUUCCCUUUUCCGGUGUUUUUUCUUUUUUAUUUCGUGAUCCUCACACUUUCUUUUGUAUUUUCGAUUACUUUUCAGAUAUAUUCCGCUCUGGUUUCUAGCGCGGGCCCCAGAAUUUCCCACCAGAGGGUUGAACCCUGAGGCUGACAGACAGUCUACAAUGCAUUCGACGGUUCUCUCCUCAAAGGCAGUUAGUACGACAGUGGUGUACCUUCGUGCUUCUCGCAAGUAAAAAUGUUUUGCUGCCAGUAAGCUUCAUUCCUGGGCCUGUCCUGCCAGUCCCUGCCAUGUUGCCUUGUAUUUGCAACACCUCAUUGAAGAGUCGCACUCCCCGUGCGUCGUAGACUCGGAUGUUUAUGGUAUUAAACGGGUUCAUACCAUGGCGGGUAUCCCCUCUCCCAGGGAUAACUCGAUUAUUGAAGGGGCUAGGUGUGUUUUCAAAACGUUUUUAGGUUUGAUGAGGUCUCCAUAAUUAGGGGGUAUUAUAUUUUGUUUCAUGAGGGUUUCAUGAUCAUUAAGGUUCUCAAAAGCAAGAACGACCAACUUUGUAAGGACGAUGACUCGAAGUGAUUUUUUCGGAAAUGUUUGGCCCUGCUUGUCCUGUCAAGCUUCUAAAGAGGUACCUUGCUCUUUUUUUCCAUCCCCUUUAGCUCCGGGGAUCUCAUUUUUGCCCCAUGUUUCUUGGGAACAACUCUUUUUAGUUAGUUUCCCAGGACGAGCCUAUCAGCUAUACCACAAUUAGAGAGGCUUUUCGCAAGGACCUGAGACUUGUCGGGGUUGACUCUUCCACUUUUGGUUUAUAUUCCUUGCGUUCGUGAGGGGCCACCUUCGCUGCUUAUAAUGGGGUUUGUGACAGUGUGUUUCAGUGGCUCGGCCGCUGAAAGUCCGUUCUAGCCAAGGACGCCAACCGAUCAUGACCUAGAAAAAAGGCUUUCAGUUUCCAAGUUUCUUGGGCUCUAGGAGCUUUCAUUUGUCAUUUCGCCCAAUACUUUGUCACUCUACGUACUUUGUAGGGUUGGUUCUCGCCAAGCCGUCCAAAAAUAAACUUAUUUGCCAUUACGUUUUGUCUGUUGAUGUUGUGUAGUGGAGUCAAAAUAUGUUAUUUCUGACGAAUGAGCCCGCGAAGAAGGCAGAAAUAAAUAUUUUGACGGCACGAGAUACAACAGGGCCUGGAUACUAGGCCGGGUGCACUAUGGGUAGCCAUAUCGGGGGUAUAUAAGGCUGCGUAUAUCACGUGUUCGUCAUCUAGGCUUACGAACCAACCUCUCCUUGGUUUUUCUUAAAUUUUUGUUUUAUUUAUUUUUAGGAGCAACAUAUUCUCGAUUACAUUGUAAAGUCCCGUAGGAAGGGCUUUGAGCUUGAGCCUUGGUUCCUACCCAGAUUUCCUGCCCGCAUUUUUUCCCUUCGGGGUUUUUUUGGGCAGGUUUUUUCUGGCCUCCGUCUGACCGCAUUUACUUCAGUUUGUAAGCGGUAGCUCAGCUCUGCUAGUUUUCAGCCUUUUUCCCGUUUCUUAUUUUAUGUACUUGUACACUAGUUAUCUCAGUUUUGCACCUGCUCCUUUACUUGAUAUAUUUAGUUUCCAUAAAUGCUUAGGUCAGCUGUCCCGGAACCGCUCUUUAGGAGGCGACGUAAGUCUCGUUUGACGCAGUUAGGUUGCAGGCAAUGUUACAGACCUCUAGCCAGGGUCGUUAUUCAUUGUUUACCCUCAAUGUCCCGCCCUAGCCUUUUAUGGCAGCCUUACUGGUUAUUGAGCUACGUGCCUUGUUGGGUACAUUAGUGGAGAUAAUUCCCAGUUUUCCUGGCACUCAGCCUCUGUGCUCCUGAAGUGUUCCCGGUCCCAGUUAUACGUUGAUCACAGUUUUAUUAAAUUUCCCCGGCCUAACUGGCACUAAGCCUGCGUGCUUAUUUGGGGGAUUCAGGUCGAGAUCGACCAGUUGUAGCAGUUUUUUCUUUUUGCUUAGCCUCUGUGCUCCUACCGUGUUCCUCGUGCCAGUUAUGCGUUGUCUGAGUUUUAUUAAUUAGUUUCCCCAGCCUUACUGGCACUAAGCCUGUGUGCUUAUUUGGGGGAUUCAGGUCGAGAUCGACCAGUUGUAGCAGUUUUUUCUUUUUGCUUAGCCUCUGUGCUCCUACCGUGUUCCUCGUGCCAGUUAUGCGAUGUCUGAGUUUUAUUAAUUAGUUUCCCCAGCCUAACUGGCAGCCUAACUGGCACUAAGCCUGUGUGCUUAUUUGGGGGAUUCAGGUCGAGAUCGACCAGUUGUGAGCAGUUUUUUCUUUUUGUUUAGCCUCUGUGCUCCUACCGUGUUCCUCGUGCCAGUUAUGCGUUGUCUGAGUUUUAUUAAUUAGUUUCCCCAGAAUAACUGGCAGCCUAACUGGCACUAAGCCUGUGUGCUUAAAUGGGAGAUUCAGGUCAAGAGCGACCAUUUGUCGCACGAGUUUUAUCUUUUUGUGAAAGCUAGUUUACAAGUGUUGUACAUUAGGUAUUCACCAGUAUUCACCUAUUAUUGUAUUUACAUAAAUACUUUGUAGGGUUGGUUCUCGCCAAGCCGUCCCAAAAUAAACUUAUUUGCCAUUACGUUUUGUCUGUUGAUGUUGUAUAGUGGAGUCAAAAUCUAUCGUUUGUUACACCGAGUAAUUCACAUAUUAUCGCUCUUAUGUCAACUUUUUUUUUUUUCACUCCCUAGUCUAAAACAAAUAGUUUCUUCAAAAGAUGUUACCUGUCGCAUAAUUUGUAGAAAACGUGCAAUGAAUUUAAUUGCGAUAACUGCUGUUUGGUGGCGAAAUAUGUCGCGUUCACGUGAAAGUAGACUGCGCGGGUCACGGAAAUUGCAGGCAAAAGUAACCGCCGCCGCACGCAAGCGAACUUUAAAUAGAUUUCAAAUAAUUAUCAUGGGGUACAGGGAUUUGCUCUCUUAGCUCAUUCUUGAUAAGUAUCGGGCGCAGGUGAUGAUACAUAAAUUUUCCCUAUUUCUAGUCGGCAGUUUUUACAAGGAGCAGUCAGUUUUUUUGACGAAAGCUUUUGUUUUGAAGCAAAUAACAGAUUGAUGACGGAGCUAAAACGACAUUUUCGUGUUUUGUGAUUUUAGAGGCCGAGCUAGGCCGGUGAAUAUCAUGAUAAAAGAUUCGAAGAUAUCGUGGCAUUUGAGCAGGUAGCUGUAAUUCUCUUUCUGAUAAUACCGGUUUGGAUUGUAAACUGCUUGGAGGCCGUUGCAAUCAGGAUAACCGACACCUGCUUUUCAGGUGAGGGUUGCGUUUGUUUAUUUGGCCGCAUUAAAGCCUGGGACAAGUGACUGAAGAAACAAGAGAAUUCGAAUGCGAGAAGAAAUAAGCGAAAUAUUGAGUUAUAACGUGUACAAUGAUUAAGUGAGAUGGCUAGCACUACAGCUAUUGUAAUAUGCAGUAUGGCCGCAUUUGAGUCACUCCUCAUUUUUACUGCCAACACCUUCACUGUAUACAUUUUCUGGUCUUAUCAAAACAAGCUAAAACGCACUUCGUUUUGCUAAUUAACUUGGCUGUAGCGGACUUGAUUAUCGGCUUCACAGAACCAGUAGCGAUCGGAACAGUCGGAAUACCACAGCGAUUUGGCCAAGAAUUCUACGGGAAUGUUUCAACCGCAUUUCAACCGCAGUUUUUCUCUUUGCUUGCUGUAAAUGGAAUAGUGGAUUUUAUCCAUUGGAUAGUAGCCUGGCCUACUGCUGUAUUUUAG